UUGCGACAGUGGCCGCGGGUCCCGGCCGUGGGAGCGGACCGGGGACCCGCCGCGCAGCACAGUCUCGCCGCCCGCGCGGAAGGUCUCUCUCUUUCCCCGACGCCUGGCACCGCAUCCCCGCGCCGACGUGGACCGGGACCCGCGCUCCCCAGUGCGGCCAGGACUCCCGAGCGUGCGGGCGGCUGGAGACGCCGAGCUGCUCACGAUGAGGAGGGGAGAGAGACUCGGGCGGAGCGGCCUCGUCCCGCGGGUCUGAGCGCCCACCCCCGCCGCCGGGACUCCGGCCUCCCUGGGCUUCGGCGAUGAGCGCUCGGUGACCGGCGGCGCCGCGAGUUGUAGACCCGGGACUCCGGGAGGCAAUGCUGGCUCGGCUUGGAGUGGCUCGGGGACAGUGAAGAAACCCUAAAAUGGAGGACUUUUCCACCAGGACCUACGGCACAAGUGGCCUGGACAACAGACCUCUGUUCGGAGAGACGUCUGCCAAGGAUCGAAUCAUCAAUUUAGUUGUUGGCAGCUUAACAUCUUUACUGAUCCUAGUAACGCUGAUUAGUGCUUUUGUUUUCCCUCAACUACCUCCAAAACCGUUGAAUAUAUUUUUUGCUGUCUGCAUCUCUUUGAGCAGUAUCACUGCCUGCAUACUUAUCUACUGGUAUCGACAAGGAGAUUUAGAACCGAAAUUUAGAAACCUUAUUUACUAUAUCUUAUUUUCUAUCAUCAUGUUAUGUAUAUGUGCGAAUCUGUACUUCCAUGAUGUGGGAAAGUGAGGCUGCCAAGAGAUACACUCACCAGGUCUCUUCAAAGCAAUACAUUUGGACUCGAAUAAGAGCUGGAUAAGGUAUGCUGAAGAGUCUCCUGCAAAACUCUGAUACAUGAUUUUCAUGUUAAUUGUAAAUCUAAAUUCCCUCUUGCAGGGGAGACAUAUCCUAUAUCACUUUGCUUUUUCUUUAAGGAGCCGAUGUUGCACUUAAACAUUACCCCUUAAAGAACAAGUCAUUUUCACUUUUGAAAUUUUUUAUAUAAAGGAAUUGCAUGGCGCAAGGCUAUGUAACAAACAAUCUUGCAUUUUAAGACAAAUAUUCUUUUAUUUCUGUUAAACUGAAUAUACAAUUAUUGUUCCCUAGGCAACCAACUUUUGCUUAUAACUACAAUUUCACGUUAACAAAACACAGACGGUGAAAAGACAACUUUGAUUGUGUAGAUCUAAUUACAAUAAUAAAUAAAAUAAUUUAUACAAGU